UCCUCAUCUCCCUAUCUACCCAUCUACUCUACUCGGGUGAAAGAGCUUGAGGCACGAGAACACUCACACCCUCACGCACGGACAUGUUCAGAGUUGAUGACUAACAUAUACAACAGCAAGGCACAACGACCUAAAAGACCGAUGCACAUGACCACCGCAAUUAACAUUGGGAAUUCUCGGAGGCAGCGGGUGCUAGUGCGUGUGGAAUAAUUCGGUUUCUCUAAAAAUGAACGGAUAAGUGUUCAAUUUAUGACCAGAGCUCGUGUGGCGUCGUUAAAAGCUACACCUCGAAAUAUAUUUGUGUUUUUGAAAAGACAACUCGUGGAAAUAUUAAUAAGGAAAGUCGAGAGAAGAUAAGAAAAAAACAUCAAAGAAGUGUGACUGUGUGAGAGACAGAGCAUCACAAAGGAGGGCAGGUAGCGCGCCGCGCGGGACGUCUGUGUUGAUGAUGAUGUGAUGCGAAGACUGAAAGACGUGUCCUAGUUCUGCUCUCCCUGCAAUAUGUCAUGAGUUGGUCUGUGACUGAAGCCUCCUGCUGCCUCAGUACAUAUCGUACAUGUAUGUAAAUGUAUGAUUGUGUCAGGGUUCUUAGUUCGUUCCGUCAAUAGCUCAGCAUCGGUAAUAACUCAUGCCCUGUCCCAUUACCCGACAGCCCCUCUGGUCUAGAGGUAGCUUUUAUACUGCUUCAUAGGCCUACUUCCUUAAUACUGCUAUAUGAGUGAUGGCAAUGCCAGUAGUAGAAUCUGACAGUAGCAGUGGUGUAGUACAUCUACGGAACCGUAGCAGUAACCGCACCAGCGUUCGCGACAAAACCUCCAGGGCACCGGAGCGCAAUGGUUAUGUGAAAACAAGUUUCAUCCAGCCACUGCCGGGCAGUCGAGACCGAGAUGGUGAUGGCUCAUACGGGUCGUGCAUGGUGAGGCUCGUAUUCAAGAUAUGGAGUUGCCAAAGACUCCGGUGUGUAGUAUGUGUGGGCUCACUGUCUGUUUUUCUCGCUCUGGUGGUUAAAUUAGCCGACUGGAGGACUGAGCUCAGUCGCAGUGGUAACAGUAGGCUGCACUCCGGCUCUCCUGUUCAUUUCGUGUCAGGCUGCGCAGGAGAGUUGUUGCUAACUCUCUGGCAUCUGAUCUCGCCUGUAUUUACUCUCGUAUGUGCCUUCUUUUGGGUGGGUUUGUAUUUGAUCCGCUGCGGAGUGUUUAUCCAAACCGCCCUUUUCCUCCUCACUCUUUGCCACCUGGGAGAGACAGCGGCGUGGGCUCUCGUACACGGCGGGACUUGGACGGAUGAACAACAGCCGUUUUCCUUCAGCACGUCAGCGGCCGCGGUCGUGCUCGCCUGCCUGGCAACCGGCACACUCAUGGUAGCGCGGCUCAAGCACGGCAUCUCGGUCAUCGUGUUCGUAAGCGUCGUUCGGACUAUCUCGCUCAUCUCGCUGCACAAAGUCCGGGCCACUUGGAGACCUUACGUGGCGUACCUGGUGGGAGUGUUGGGCAUCCUACUGGCGAGGUAUGCUGAUAGUCUACUUCCGAACCAAGGGAUACCCAGGGAGGGCUGUACCCCCUCUGUGACUGGGCCGAGGGAAGGGGACGAGACCCCUGUGUUUAAAAGGCGAAGGAGGUCCAGUUCUGUGAUUUCCACAGACAUGGCACACAGUCAGUCCAACAGCAAGUCACACAGGAGGACCUCGCUGCCAUGCAUUCAGAGGGACCAGAUGCCAGAAUGGGACAACAAGAGAAGCUCAAGAGGAUCUCAGUCGUUGGGCACCAGUGUGGUGGUGGAUAUAGCUGUGAUGGGCGAGGCCCACGGCCUGAUCUCAGACCUGCUGGCAGACCCCUCGCUGCCCCCCAACACCUGCACCUCCCUCCGUGCCGUCAGCAGCCUGCUCACCACUCAGCUCAACUUCCAGCCCCUGCACCGUCCACGCCUCGCUCCCCUGGGCGUCAACCUGGGAGACGCCUACAUCUGCUCCGACUCAGAGGAGGGGUCUGAGAAGACAGGGGAGAGGACCAAUACCUUACCUAAGCGUCUGCGGCGUAGCCUGCACCCGGGGCUGUUGAGAAGGAUCUCCUCUACAUGGACCACCACCACCUCAGCUACGGGCCUGCCCACCAUCGAGCCCGGACCAGUACGCAGGGCCAGCAUCAGCAUCAAACCCUUCCACGAGCCGCUCGCCUGCAGCUGUGGGAGACCGUACAUAAAGCUGAGCCACGGGGAGGGAUCCAUGGACAAAGGGGACAGGACACACCGGACAGAGGAUCAGGUGGUGGCAUCGUCAGACUACGACAGUACCCACGAGGCCAACCACAGCGACGGCAGCGACGUAGCGCCGACAGAGGAGGGGGACGCAGAAGGGGGCAAAAACACCCCCCAAAACCUCACCAUGCUACCUGCAGAGGAAAAGCCCCAGCUGGCCCCGGAGCCGUUAGUGAUGGAGGACUUGGAGCCCCUAAUGAGCCAGCUGAACCACUGGAACUUCCCCAUCUUCAGCUUGAUGGAGAAGACCCAGGGCAAAUGUGGCCGUAUCCUCAGCCAGGUCUCUCACAGGCUUUUUGAAGACACAGGCCUAUUUGAGACCUUCAAGAUCCCGGUUCACGAAUUCAUGAACUACUUCCAUGCUCUGGAGAAUGGCUACAGAGACAUACCAUAUCACAACAGAAUCCACGCUACAGACGUUCUCCAUGCUGUCUGGUACCUCACUACCCAGGCCGUACCAGGUCUGCCCAGCCUCAUCACUGACCAUUGCUCUGCCAGCGACUCAGACUCUGACAGUGGCAUCACACACAGUCACAUGGGCUACCUGGUGUCGAAGACCUACAGCGUGUCGGAGGAUGGGUAUGGUUGCCUGUCGGGGCUCAUCCCAGCCCUGGAGCUCAUGGCUCUCUACGUAGCAGCAGCCAUGCAUGACUAUGACCACCCUGGGAGGACGAACGCCUUCCUGGUGGCCACAAGUGCACCACAGGCAGUGUUGUAUAACGACAGGUCGGUGCUCGAGAACCACCACGCCGCUUCGGCCUGGAAUCUGUUCAUGUCCCGUCCAGAGUAUAACUUCCUGGUUAACCUGGACCACGUGGAGUUCAAACGCUUCCGCUUCCUGGUCAUAGAGGCCAUCCUCGCCACUGACCUCAAGAAACACUUUGACUUCCUGGCAGAGUUCAAUGCCAAGGUAGGUGAUGACGUGACGAGGGGUAUUGAUUGGUCCAAUGAGAACGACAGACUGCUGGUGUGUCAGAUGUGCAUCAAGCUAGCUGACAUCAAUGGCCCACUGAAACACAAGGACCUGCACCUACAGUGGACCAAGGGCAUCGUCGAUGAGUUCUAUGAACAGGGUGACGAGGAGUCCAGCCAGGGCCUUCCCAUCAGCCCCUUCAUGGACCGCUCUGCUCCUCAGCUGGCUAAGCUCCAGGAGUCCUUCAUCACCCACAUCGUAGGACCGCUCUGUAAUUCAUACGACUCCGCAGCACUCAUGCCCGGACGUUGGGUGGAGCCUAACCCCGAGGAGGAGGAGGAGGAGCACGAGGAAGAUGAAGAGGAGGAUACGACAGAGGAUGACGAUGGGUCUACUAGCUCAGAGGCAUCGCAGAAAGGCAAAGCAGCUCCCAAGAAGAGGAGGAAAGUGUUCUGUCAGAUCACCCAGCACCUGAUGGACAACCACGAGAUGUGGAAGAAGGUGAUCGCAGAGGAAACCCCCAAGCAAAACAAUGUAGCUGAGCCAAUCCUAUCCAUCCACGAGGAGGAGGAGGAGCCAGGGAGCAGGGAGGAUGUAGUGGAGGGGGAGGAGCCAGAAGAGGAAGGGGAGGUGCCAGAGGAGGAAAUAGAUGAGGAGUGGCCAGCACCCCCGAAGGACGAGUCUGAACCUGUAGAAGAGGCGGGGCCAGAGUGAGGGCCCC